UCUUCUACCGGCGGCUGGAGGCGCUGGCAGUGCCGGGGCCCGGCGGCUUCGGGCCGCUCUUCGCUUCCGACGGUUGGAGCGACUUGACGGGUGAGCGCCGACGGGCGGUCUCAGGGCCGGUACCGGGGAGAGUCGAGCAAGGCGUGCCAGUUUCGGGACACCGGCUUGGCUGUCAGCGCCUCCUCCCCCGCAGAGGACCGGCUGCUGCGGAAGCGCGUGGUGCGGGCCGGGCCGGGCGGGCCGCGGCCCUUGCCGGGCCAGGAGGUGUCGGUGAAGGUGCUGGGCGCCCUGGAGGACGGCGGGCUGGUGGAGCGGGACCCGCGGCUCAUCUUCGUGCCGGGUCACGGGGACGUCGUGCAGGCUCUGGAGCUGGGCGUCCCCACCAUGCAGCCCGGGGAGGUUUCCUUCUUCCUCGCCGCUUUCCCCUACGCCUACGGUCGCCCGGGCAGGGAGCCCGACGUGCCGCCCGAGGCGCCGCUGCUGUUCGAGGUGACGCUGCUAGAGGUGCGGGACGGCCCCGACCCGCAGCCGCUGCCGCCCGCCGUCCGCCUGCGCCUGGGCUCGCAGCGCCGGGAGCGGGGCAACUUCCACUUCGCGCGGGGUGACUUCGCCGCGGCGCUGCGAUCGUACCGGCUGUCCCUGCUCGCCCUGGACGGCCCCGCCGCCGGUGAGACCGGACGGGAGAGAGGGCCCUGGGCUGCGGGGCUGGGGCGCUGAGGCCGCCACUCGCCCCGCAGCUCCGCCCGGGCCCGAGGAGGAAGAGGAGUUGCGGGAGCAGCGCGUGAAGUGCCUCAACAACUGCGCGGCCGCCGAGCUGAAGCUGGGGCGGGCGGAGGAGGCGCUGGCGGCCUGCGAGGCGGCCCUGCGGA